CUCAACUGCUGAUAGUGAAAACAUGGCGACUUGACAAAGCAGCAUAUUAAAGCAACAGUGGUAUCUCGUUAAUAAAUAAUGAUCGUAGUGGGAAAAGUGUUCUGAAAUUCCAUGAUAAUCAUAUAAAACUAAUGGGACUGAUUAUCAUCACCUGUGAUAGUUAUCGUUUCUGAGAUACUAGAGGCUGAAAAAUAUAACACAAAAAUAGACGAGACGGACGAUCAAAGUCGCCGUGAAAAAUUACCAUUCGUUGUCCCAGGUGGCUGAUACCCACUGCGUAUUAACGAAUGCAUUGGCUUUUGCUCCUAGUGAUUUCCUCGACAAAAAUAGAAUAAUAAUACAUCGGAAAUCAGUGCCUAGCAUUUCCUCAGAUACUUAUGUGGAAAUUGAAUUUUUAUAGCAACGUUUUUGAGCGACCUUCGUUUUCCCUGCGUUCCGUGUUGCCGAGAUAUUGAAUUUAUUCGAUAUAAUCAGCUAUAUCCGAUAACCGAGCAAUAAUAAUCCUUGUUCUACUGGGUGGUGAAAGAAAAAGGAAGAGCCAACAAACGACCUGCUGCAACUUAUGCCUCUCUUGAACUCAUUAUCGCUAUUCUUCAAAGACGGAGUUUAUUUUUUUUCUUUGGUUCUUGUUCAUAGAUGCGUAUUACUAUCUGUACUGUAAUUUUUAAUCGUGCGUCAUGACCAUUUUGGCCAAAAAGAAGCCCAAUGGCACAAAAGAUAGGCGAGAACCGGGGACUGGAUCUGAAGUUGAUGUGCAUGGUGUUCAAGUCGAACACGGAGCCGGAGGGCCGAUCGCUAUUCCGAAUAAUUCUUAUCAGACCAGUGUAGAUCGCCGGGAAGAAAAACAUUUUGAAGAAGCUAGCGGUUCUAGCCAUGGGAAACGGCAUCGCCAGCGGGCCAGCCCCCAUAGCAGCUGUAUCGGUAGAACAUCUCGUUCCAAGCGGGAAAGAGAGAGAGAUAGGGGUCGGGAAAGAGAGCGAGAAAAAGAAAGACAGGCUACUCCUCCGGCAGCCUCUUGCAGUGGGCUGCAAGGAACCGAAGCUACUGUAAUCGGAAACAACCGCAUGGCUAUUGUUGCUGGGACUCCUAGUCUCGAGCCGGAAUUAGCCAAUGGAUAUAACAGCGGAGAUGAGUACACCGGUCGGACCGGAAAUAAUUUGACCGUUGCUGAGUGGCAAGAGCGUGAUAGAUGGUUUGAAAAAAGAAUGCGAAAAAUGGGGUUUGUUGUAAAGAAGAUGGGUGAAGAUGGGGCAUGUCUCUUCAGGGCUGUCGCAGAUCAGGUUUAUGGCGAUCAAGAGAUGCACAGCGUUGUGCGAAAGCAUUGCAUGGAUUACAUUGCUGCGAAUCAGGAAUUUUUCUCUCACUUUGUCGCAGAGGAUUUUUCUACCUACGUAGACCGAAAACGACAGGAAUACGUACACGGUAAUCACAUAGAAAUGCAGGCCAUGUCUGAAAUGUACAAUCGAAGUGUCGAGCUCUUCUGCUAUGGAACAGAACCGAUCAACAUUUUCCAUGGAGUACACAAGAGCGACAAUGAGCCGAUAAGAUUGUCGUAUCAACGCGCGAGCCACUAUAACAGCAUCGUUGAUCCUUACAAAGCUACUAUCGGAGUCGGACUCGGUUUGCCGUCAUACAACCCUGGAGCCGCGGACCGCGAUCUGGUUUCCGAUGCGGUUAGACAAAGCGAAGAAUUGCACAUCGAACAGACGAUGCUCGAGGAUAAGAUAAAAGCAACGGAUUGGGAGGCGACGAAUGAGGCUAUCGAGGAGCAAGUGGCGAGAGAAAGUUACUUGCAGUGGUUACGCGAUAAUGAAAUGCGUAAAGCUGUAAGUACGACAAAGUCAGCUAGCAGCAGCAGUACGAGUACGGUAACCAGUGCUCAGCACAGUCACAAUCAUUUUCAUUCUCACGGAGGUCGCGGGCAGCCGAGAGGUCCUACUUCGUCUCCUACAACGACUCAAGCUAGCCAGGAUUCCGUUCGUAAUUCGCCCAAGGUCAGCGAUUCUAUAAGAUACAGCAGCAAACGGUCGCCCCAGCAUCAGUCUCCCCCAGGAACAGGUGGCUCGCACGUUACUCCAGAAUUCAGCGUAGCACCGCAGCCCCAAGAACCUGUUCCAGGGAGCAGUAAGGAAACUCAUACAUCCCCCGAUAUAUCUCUCUUCAAUCGUCUCCCCCCGGAGGUAUUCGGUUUAACCGACUGGGAGGACAGCGACAUUCUUUCUCAAGUUCUGGCCACUUCCCAACAGGAAUAUUUGGACAGUCUCAAACACUCUAGAGUAUCGGCUGUACCUUCGACUGGUAGUAGUAGCAGCAGCGGAGAAGCCAGUGCAGUAGUCGUUGACUCUAACAACAGUUAAUUUGAGUAUAUAAAAGAAGGAAAGAAAGAAGGAAAAAAAAAAUUCAAAGUGGAUGCUACUGUUUGUAAAAAUUGAAUACAAAACCUGUAGCAAUGUCACAAAAGAGUUUUGCAAGCUUAUUCGUUUGCGCAGUAUUUUUAUCAUGAUUAUUAUCAUUAUUUUAUUUUUAUUAUUCCAUCGUUUAGGUGUUUUAUUUAUUUUUACGCUCAGGCAAUUACUCGUGUAGCGGAGUUAUGGUUUUUACUCUAUUAAUUAAAUUUUCAUUCAAUGAUUUUGUACAGUAAUCAUUAUUCUAUCAAGUAAAAAAACAGUACAUUAUACAACAAGGGAAUAAAGCUGCAGUUUAUUCACUAGAGGGGAUUUUCGGGAGGGCAGUAAUGAUUAGCUUUAUUGCUGCGUUGCAUAUAGAACUUUAUUCCGAACUCAACUGUAAAGACCACUUUUCGUCCCGCGAAUAUACUUUUCUUCGUAAAAUGCGGGAGAACAUUAUAGUAGGGGAUCAGAUUCAACUUUAGUCCCGCCUUUCAGGUCAAAAAAGUUGUCUCCACGGUUGAGUCGGGAAUAAAAAUAUUUUAUCCGACAAAUUCAGGUGGAUUAAAAUCAUAAGUUUUUUAUGAAGAAGAAAAAAAUACUGCGCCGCGCGAACGGUGUACGAACUGGUUUUUUUUUUUGUUUUUUUUUGCAAUUUUCAAUAUUAUUUUGACUUUAGAUUAUAUCAUUAUUAUUAUAAUUAUUAUUAUAAUUAUUAUUGUUGUUACUAUUAUAUAAAUAAUAUACCUAGUUGAACGAGGCACGUAGCCAAAACACCACGGGUAAAAGGGAAACCCGACACUAUUUAUUUCUUUAAUAAUUCGUAACAGUUGUUUUUUUUUGUUUUUUCUUUUUUUUUCCUCUUGACAUACACGUAAUAUAACUACAGGCGAAAUGCUUAACGAGAGAGACUUGGUUGCAUUAUUUGUAAUAAAAAAAAUAAAUAAAAUUAAAAAAUUAAUAAAUACUGAUAAUAAAAAACAAAAA